AUGUCGACCACCACGACGACCACCGCCACAACAACCCUGACCUCGUCAGACCCUAGCUACAUCCCGCGUGGCCCCAUCUCCGCCGAACUCUCCUUCUUCGAGCCCCCCGCCGACGGCUCCAUUCCUCACAACUACGUCGAAGAGCCUCCCAAGGGCCAGCCUCGCACCAACUUCGAGCGCUCAUCCCACACCGUCGAUAUCAAUGACAUCCGCGGUCGCGAAGCAGAGUAUAACCUCGAUAAGGAUGCCUUCCAAGUUUAUAGCGGUGUACAAUCGGCAACGACGUACGAAACCUUCAACGACGACGCAGAGAUAAAACGCGUCUACUACCCAGAGGUGGAGAAAUUGAUUCUCGAUAAAGUCGAGGGUGCACAUAAAGUUAUCCUCUUUGAUCAUACGAUCCGUCGCCAGGAUCCCAAUGCGCAUCGUCAACCCGUCAAUGCGGCGCAUUCAGACCAGACAGAUCGCGCGACGGAGUGGCGCGUGAGACUUCACGUUGAAGACCCCGAAGAAGCUGAAAGGCUACUCAAGGGUCGGUAUAGGAUUAUAAAUGUUUGGCGGCCGAUCAAUGGCGCUGUUCAGGCUGCACCCUUAGCAUUUGCGUCUGCCGCUUCGGGCAAUCCGGAUAAGGAUCUGGUACCGAUUGAGCAUCGGUACCCUACGAGGACGGGCGAGACGAUGGGUGUUGUGUACAAUCCGGAGAUUAGAUGGAAUUACUGGUCUGGUGUUGAUAACGACGAACGAAUCUUUUUGAAGUGUUCUGAUAUCAAUCCGCCGGCUGAUAAGGAGGUUGGCAAGAGAUGCCCUCACACGGCGUUUACGGAUCCCAGGACGCCGAAGGGCGCGAAGCCUAGGGAGAGUAUUGAGGUUAGGGCUUUGGUUUUUGGUUGA